AUGAUGGGUCGUGGCAAAUUAAUACUGAUAGAAGGAUUGGAUAGGACUGGUAAAACCACGCAAUGUAAUAUUCUUUACAAAAAAUUGCAACCAAACUGUAAACUAUUGAAGUUCCCCGAAAGGUCUACCCGAAUCGGAGGACUCAUAAACGAAUAUUUGACGGAUGAUAGUUUCCAAUUAUCAGAUCAGGCAAUUCACCUCUUGUUUUCGGCAAAUAGAUGGGAAAUAGUUGACAAGAUAAAGAAAGAUUUACUAGAAGGCAAGAACAUUGUCAUGGACAGAUAUGUUUAUUCUGGAGUGGCAUAUUCUGCCGCUAAGGGGACAAAUGGAAUGGAUUUGGAUUGGUGCUUGCAACCCGAUGUAGGGUUGCUGAAACCGGAUUUGACAUUAUUUUUAAGCACUCAAGAUGUCGACAAUAACGCCGAAAAAUCUGGAUUUGGUGACGAAAGAUACGAAACUGUUAAGUUUCAAGAAAAAGUGAAGCAAACUUUUAUGAAGCUAUUGGAUAAAGAGAUAAGGAAAGGCGAUGAGUCAAUCACGAUUGUAGACGUUACUAAUAAGGGCAUUCAGGAAGUUGAAGCGCUUAUUUGGCAAAUCGUUGAGCCUGUUUUGAGUACGCAUAUUGAUCAUGAUAAAUUUUCGUUCUUCUAG